UAGGAGCGGCAUUUUCAGUUGUACUUCAGAAACCGGAAUGAGCGGACGUAUUUUGAUUUAACUUGCGCCCCCACAGCAUGGGAAGUUGAUUGUGAAUAUUUCGCGUUGAAAUCCUAUUUGAUAUCUAAUCACGGGUCACGGUUUGUUCUCUGGUACGCAAAUUGGCAUUUCGGGGCCGUUUUGCACGCAUUUUGUGUGUCACGUCGCAUUCAAUCGGGUUCUGCAAGAGUGUACAGAAGAAUUCAGUUUUAGUUUGAUGUGCGAGGAGGAGUAUGGUAUGGUACUAGAUCGUUUCGAAUUUUCGCGACAAUCUCGCGAUACUCUUUGGCACCGGCUGCUCCGGCCUAUAUAAGUUGCGAGUGGUGUGUGUUUGCGAAACAAGCCGCCAAGGGUCAUUUACAGAACAGAACAGCGAGUAAAAUCUUCAUCCCAGCUGUUUCGAGUCGCUCUCUGGCAAACUACGACGUCUAGUAAGUGCGGGAGCAUAGAAGAAAAUUCGAAAAAUGUGAAUAGCGAAGAAUGAAAUUGGUAUAAAAUAAAUUUCCUCCCGUUCGUGUGUUCGUGCUAGUGUUGGUGAAAGCGGCUGAAAUAAUAGUGAAUAUAGGAGGAAAUUUGUUUUGAUAAAUUGGAAUCUACCAGUCCCUUGUACCUACGUGUUGGUCGUGCUGUUCGCUAGGUUACUCAUCCUUACCAGCCUCCGCCUGUGGCUAUCUAUGGGAAUGAUAAAAUUGGAAAAGUAUUAAAUUGUUGCUAGAGAGUAAACGUAUUUGGAACAAAAUUUGGCUCCGUACCCAGAUCGAAUUGCGUAUAGUGUGUGGAAGUCGUGAAUUGUUGCUGAUGUAAUAAAAAUAGCUAGCAUGAGCUCAUGCCGCGGGCGAAACAAGUGAUGUUUAUUCAAUUUUCCUAGCAUGCGUGUCCUUGCGUCGCUUCAGAAGAGUCCAAACGGUGUACGGUGUGCAUAGUGCGUGCGUGCGAAAAAGCAAGACAUCCGUAAUCCUUUGCAGCCACCUGAGGACGCCUACCGUAAAACCUCGGAAAAGCCCCGUACGCAAGUAGCAAGAUCGUCAGCGCUUUGCAGCAAGCAUGGAUAAAUUCAGUGCCAUAAAAAUUGGAUUAUUCUGUUUACUUUUUGGAGCGUAUUCGUCGGUGAAGAUAACCAGCCUGAAGGUGCCAUCCACCUACCUAUUAGAUAAGAAUUCCAAAAAUCCAGAUCCACUGAUAUUGGAUUGUGAGUAUGAAGUCGACGAAAGUGAAAAGGGUUUCGUGCUCAAAUGGUUCCUCGAUGGGCAGCCGGUAUAUCAGUGGAUACCGACGAAGAAUCCGUUUCCAUUUCAAUCCUUCAAAAAUCGUGUCGAUACUAGUUACGUCGUAUCACAGGAGCGGUUACACAAGCACCGAGCAAUGGCGAUUAUAAAACCACUGGCAAACUUCACCGGAGAGUACGCUUGCAUGGUUCAAACAUUUGCUUCGAUUGACAGGAAGUCAGCCAAGCUGAAAAUCAUCGUUCAAGAAUCUAAGUUCGAUCUCAACUACUACCUGAACGGGGACGGCUACAUCACGGUUGAUUGCCACGCACGGGACAUUUCUCCGCUGCCGGAACUGCAGAUUCGGAUCAACGAUAAAUUAUUCGAAACGCAAAAGCUCAAGUCGGUGCUGGGUGAGAAUAAUUUGUACAACGUGUCCAUCAGUGGCAGCAUACCGAAGGAGGAGCUCGAAAGUCCCACCACAAUCGAGUGCUUCCUAAUGGUGCCGGAGACCAACUAUACCAAGAAGCGUUCCACGAUUUAUUACGAUCCGGUCAAAUAUUAUUGGGACCACAUAUGGCUUUCACAUAUAAUUUCAAGCGAUGAUUUGAUCCGUUUUUCCCUUUCCUUGAAAUUGUUCGACACGGUUGAAGAAUCUCAUCUGAGAACCACAACCAGCACAAUAGCCUCCACCACGAUCGUUGGCAUGCUACAAGCGGCACCGGAAAAUUUACUAAAAAAAGCUACAGGACUGAAUACCACCGACGGAAGCAGUGCAACGGCACUGCCGGUCCAGAUGCGUACCCCUUCCAGCCUGAUAGCGACCCUGGUGACGAUUGUGCUCAUUUUCACGUCUACGCUUUUGUAGAUGAACUUCAAGCAGUACACCGAGGUCGAGAUUCGUGAUCGAUAUUUGCAUAUACAUUUUGUCCAUAGAUAAACAUUGAAACAAGAAAUGUGGCUUAAAGCUACAAAUAGGAAGGGAUGAAACAUGGUUGACCCCGAUUGUAGAGUGGAUGUGAUGAAGGUGUCCCAGUUGCGCAGGAAAUGAUGUGUAGAUAUCGUAGAAUUCGCGUCGUUGUGUUGCAGCUAAACAAAGAUGGGACUAAAUACUGCUACUAAAAUUGACGCUUCUCAAGAGUGCUUGCGAGUCAAAGAAAAGUCUCAUGUAAAACAAGAUGGCUCUGUCUCCUGUAGUCGUACAUAAGUGUUGAAUCGUGCUAGUUUUUAUCGAUUAUCGUCUGUCUAUAGGAUUUAAGUUAAUCGCAGUCAUUGUUUUAAUACUAGGCAGAUUUCACUACUUGUUUUACAUCCCAGAUACCAAAGCUGAAACCAAAUAAUCAACUCGAUACCAACAAAAUGGCAACAACCAAACAAACUCAAAGGGUACGAAACACUAAAUAGUCAUUCGAGAGUAAGUAGUUGAAUGUUUUUUAUAGAUUUUUUAUGUGUGUAGAGCAGUACUAAUCUCAUCAAGAACAAGCUGUCUACCACUUAAAAGAUAUCUGAUUUUUUUGUGUAAACUAAGGAAAAAUUGUCUUUCGCGGCUCGCGAAAGUGACAACUAAAUUUACAGUCGGAAAAGAAAAAAAAUAAGAACAAUUAUUGUAGUAUUUUACACGAAGGAAGGAAAAAUAUGAUGCCUUAUGAAAUAUAUAUAAAUACACUUUUUAAGACACCGAAUAAUCGAGGACGCGAUAAAGUGAAAUGAAUGGAAUUACCAGAACUAUUACUAUGUAAGACAACGUGGUGAUAAUUUACGAAAAUUGUCCCGUUCAGUGUUCUAAAGAAAGAAACCCUACGCAAACUGUAGGAAAGAAACUAAAGUGGCGAACAAACAUAUGCAACUCUAUAUAUAGUCAUAAUAAAUUUAUAUAUUUAAAACAGUAGAUUAAGCGAAGAAAAUUAAUAUCGAAGAAAACAACCAAUUAGCAAAUCGCCUGUUUAAUCCGAUACAAUUUGCAGCCAGUUCUAUAGAUAUGUAAAAACAACAGAACAAAACACUUAUUUUUCGGUUUUUGUAAAACGACAGCGCAAAAUACCAUGGUGUCCUGAAUAAAAGGGAGUGAUAUUCGA